AGAGAGAGAGGGAGAGAGAGAGAGAGAGAGGCGUCCGGCCAUGGAAGGUGGGAGCAGCCGCUGAUCGCCGCCAUCUUCUCCCUCUCUCUCUCUCUCUCUCUCGACCUUCACCUCGGACCUUCAAUGUCCGAGGUAUAGUGGGCAGUCCACGCGUUCGCAAAUGCGAGAGUGAGACAGCGGCUGCGAUUCCCUCCUUGUCGCUGCUGCUCCAGAUAAGACCAGAAAAGCGACACUCUCAGAGAUUCUUGACAUCGGGCACAAGCUCUGCUUCACAAGUCCUGGCUUUGCAGCUCAUGGCGUGCCAAUCUGGAGCCAUGGUAAUGCAAUUGAGUCUGCCGCUGCCGGAAAAUGAAGCCUCCGGAAGUUCUUGCAUGGUCCUCGCCCCUCGUAUGGUUUCAAACUCGAGAAUGGAAUCCUGCAUUGAGGGUCGAGUUUUCUUUCGGUUAAGGUCUGCAUCUUUUGGUUGGAACAGUUCUCAGAUGAGAAGACAUGGCUGGAACAUAGCCUUUGCCCUGAAUACGGGCGGGAUUCCUGGUAAUGGCGAGCAAGAGGGCCUCAACGGUGAUGAUGCAGAUCUCAGUCGUACUCGAUUGGGCAGGAUAGUGAGCGCUGGGGGCAGACAACUUCUGCAAAAGCUGAACUCGGCUAGAAGGAAUUUCCCCAUGAAGAUAUUUCUUCUUCUGUUGGGUUUCUAUACAGCAAAUGCAUUGGCAACAAUUCUUGGGCAGACAGGUGACUGGGAUGUGCUUGUUGCCGGUGUCGUGGUUGCAGCUAUUGAGGGGAUUGGUAUGCUUGUGUAUCGAAAACCCCCUUCUCUUUCUAGCAGAAGACUUCAGUCCUUUGUUACGAUGAUGAAUUACUGGAAAUCUGGCGUUUGUUUAGGCCUCUUUGUGGACGCUUUCAAAUUAGGUAGCUAGAAACCCUUUAGCUAUGUAAUAAUCUCAUCCUGUGUCCAUGAUUCAACCGAAGAAGAAACUGCAAAAAGUAAAAUGAAGAAUUUUUGUUCUCUGACUCUAUCCGAAUUGGGUGCUGUCUCCAGGUGCAUAUGUAUAAUAAACCAUUCAAAUGUAUACUUGAUGCCGUUGAUAUAUAUGAUCCAAUGUCGGUUCGAGGAUUUGUCCUUCCA